AUGUCUGGCGUGCAGAGCUACGUCAAUCAUCAAGUCCUGCUCUUGACGCAGGAUGGCCGCGUGAUUGUCGGCGUGCUGGAGGGGUACGAUUCCAACGGCACGAUCGUCAUGUCGUCCUGUGUCGAGCGCAUGUUCAGUGAAGAUGCCCCCGUCGAGGAGGUGCCGCUAGGCGUCUAUAUCGUCCGGGGCGACAGUAUUGCCCUCCUAGGCCCCAUGGACUUGGCCAAGGACCGCGCCAUGCCGCUGUCCUCCAUGAUCGCGGCCCCCAUACCCGCCGUUCGACACCGCUAG